AUGUCGGACCAACAAAAGAUAGAGGCUGGUCAAGAUGUCGGUUUGUUUGAAAGGACUAGUUCUUCUUCGAGCGCUGGAGAGAAGUAUCAGAAUAACUCUGACUUAGAAUCUAAUAUUUCUCGAGAGAGAGAAGAAGGUGAAAGAGACAACAUAUUGUCACAGUAUACGGAGAAACAAGUUAUGCAAAUGGGGAGAAACUAUGCAACUAAGCAUGACUUGGAUCCUGAGUUAUUUGCUAGAGCUGCUGCGUUAGCUAGGAGCCCGAACGCCUUCAACUCAAUGGAGUUCUUAACAGAUAAGGAAAAAGAAGGCUUACAUAAAGAAGUGACGAACAAAUGGCAUGUUCCACCCAAGCUAUUCUUGGUUAUCGCUUUAGGAUCCUUGGCUGCUGCAGUGCAAGGAAUGGAUGAGUCGGUGAUUAACGGUGCAACUUUGUUUUAUCCCACGGCAUUUGGCGUUGACAAGUUGGCUGAACCCGAUUUAAUCGAAGGUCUAGUCAAUAGUGCACCUUAUUUGUGUGCGUCAUGUAUAGCAUGUUGGUUGACUGACUUCUUCAACAAACAUUUGGGUCGUAAGUAUACAGUGUUUUGGACUUGUUUAAUCUCAGCAGUUACAUGUAUCUGGCAAGGGUUUGUUAAUAAUUGGUGGCAUUUAUUUAUUGCUAGAUUCUUCUUAGGGUUCGGUAUAGGUAUAAAAUCUGCAACUGUACCAGCUUAUGCUGCAGAAUGUACCCCAAAGAAUAUUAGAGGAGCUUUGGUUAUGUUGUGGCAAUUUUUUACUGCCGUCGGUAUCAUGUUUGGAUAUGUUGCUUGCUUGGCUUUUUACUAUGUCCCAAAGAAGAGUUUUGGAACUGGACUUAAUUGGAGAUUGAUGUUGGGAUCUGCUUGCAUUCCAGCCAUCAUUGUUUUGGUGCAGGUCCCUUUUGUCCCUGAAUCACCAAGAUGGUUGAUGGGUAAGGGUAGACACAAAGAGAGCUUUGAGUCUUUGAGCAGUUUACGAUUAGAAAGGAUUGCGGCUGCAAGAGACUGUUUCUAUCAGUACGUUUUAUUGCAAGAAGAAGGUUCUUAUGAUAUGUCAUUCUUGAGAAAAAUUAUAGAGAUGUUUAAAGUAAGAAGGAACAGAAAUGGUGCCCUUGGUGCUUGGAUUGUGAUGUUUAUGCAGCAAUUCUGUGGUAUAAAUGUUAUCGCAUACUAUUCAAGUUCUAUAUUGAUUGAUGGUGGAUUUUCGACACCUUCAGCAUUACUUGGAUCCUGGGGUUUCGGUAUGAUUAAUUUCAUAUUCGCUAUUCCAGCAUUUUUAACAAUUGACAGAUUUGGAAGGAGGAAUUUGCUAUUGAUUACGUUUCCUUUAAUGGCUGCGUUUUUAUUAAUGACUAUGGGAGGCUUCUUCAUUAGCACGAACGCUAAGAGUGCUAGGAUAGGAGUUAUCAUCACGGGUAUAUACUUGUUCGCAUGUGUGUAUUCUUCCGGAGAGGGCCCCGUGCCUUUCACUUAUUCUGCUGAGGCCUUUCCUUUGUAUAUCAGAGAUAUCGGAAUGAGUUUCGCUACUGCUACUUGUUGGUUUUUUAAUUUUAUUUUAGCUUUCACAUGGCCAAAGCUUAAGACCGCAUUUAAAACGAAAGGUGCCUUCGGAUGGUAUGCAGCAUGGAAUAUAGUGGGAUUUUUCUUAGUCUUAUGGUUCUUGCCGGAGACCAAAGGGUUGACAUUAGAGGAAUUAGACGAGGUUUUUGCGAUUAGCACAAUGGAUCAUGCAAAAUGGCAGACUCGCAAUUUAUUCAACAACAUUAAAAAAUACGUCUUGCGUAGGGAAGUUGAGCCUCUACCACCAUUAUAUGGUCACCAGAGAUUGGCAGUUACCCAUCCCGAGUGGAAUGAUAAGACUGAAACUUCUCACGUUGAGUAG